AUGGAGCCACAAACCGUCUCGGAAAUCCCGUUCAUACAAAUACAGGAGGGCGUACUCGCGCGCCUCUUCUACACGGCGGGUGCGGUGGCUGGCUUGGCCGGUGGCGUACUGGAAGUGAUGACAAAGCUGCUGCACGCUGCAGUCCAAGUAGCUAUUGCGAAUGCAGCAGUAUCGACACACGGAUCCAAGAACCCGUCCCAGGUAACGCCAACUGCUCCGCGGGCCUUUAUCGCUGAUGGCACCUGGACAUACCAGGCUACUUCAAACCUCAGCGACGCGGCCAGUGGUGAGUGCACCCUGGCGGUCCCAAACAACACGCCAGCGGCUCAGCACGAUCCCAACGCUACUGCCACGGCGGAGCUUGUGGAGCUUAUCGGCCUUGGCGCGAUCGUAUGCAAUGCUGCUCUUUCCGAUACAAGCGGUGGCUGCGGUGUGACGGAAGUAGCUCCAGAAGCUACCGUCAUCCCAACUGUAAUGACCGUUGAUGCCGAUGCCGAUGAAACAGCCGACAAUGACCCAGAUGACAGUAGCCUUUCUCUCAGUGCCGCAACUCCGGAGGGUGAGGCAUCGACUUCUGUCGAGGUUCCUGCACCCCUGGCGACCUCUGGGCUCUCCGGUGACGCCGCUGAACCGCUGGAGGAGCCCAUCCUACAUUCUGCUCCCUUCAUUGUAUCAUCUCCUGUAAACCCGAACUCUGAUAACGAAGCCCCAAUCCAUGGAAAUUCACUGGAUAACGCCUCUGGACUGGGCAGUGUAGGACCGGCGCCUGUCGUUGAGCCCGAGCAGGCCUUCCUUUUGGUUCCGGAGCUGGUUUCGGGAGUUACACUGCAGCCGGACAAUUCCCAGUUGCUAUCAGCUAGCCGUGUCGUUGCGGGCAUGCGCGAGGGCGAUGAGGCCAUGCGCAAUGAGAGUGGUCAGAGCGGCAUCAUGGCCGUGUCGUGUGGGACAGCCGGUUUGGUGGACCCCGUCAGAGAUGCGCCAACGUCGCGAAAGCUCAAGACCGCAUCUGCAUCAGUGUCGACGACAUCCUCGGCGUCGAUGACGCCCGGAGUGUCGUACACCCAGCGGCUGGAAGGAAAGAGGCAAAGUAGCCGUCGCAAGGGUGCCCACAAGGCCAAAGCUCACUAGGCAGUGUUGUUAGCUCUUAUGUUAGGAGGGGAGGGCCCUGGAUUCUCCCACCAGAUUCGAGCCGAUCGCACGCUGCCUCAUUUGCGGCAAUAGGACGUAGCGGGAACAGCAAUACAAAAGGGGUAUGAGGGUUGCGUAUGGCAUGGGAUACAUCGUACAAGUACGACUUCUGAGAAAGCGCAGCUCAGUAUCGUGACGCUUCCU